CAAUUUUUAAUCGUUGCUUGUUUUGUUUAGUAGAUUAUAACUUUUUAGUUUAGUGUUUUGAUUUAGUUCGUUUCAUUCAUUCCGCGAUGCGUGACCAGCCUUCAGUUUUUUAGUUUACUGUUUCAUAUCACUCAAGUAGGCCUAAUGUGAAGUCAGUAAUGUAAGAGAUAUGUUCUGUUAGCUUUGGUUAAAACAUAUUCGUGUCUCAGACUAUUUUCAGUUACACAGUAAUCCAGUGAAGUUUUAUGUAAUUUAAUUUAAAAUUAACAAGUUUAUUUGGUAUAUUUAUUAUUCUCCUGGAAUCGUAACACAAUUACCUAGGUUUUAUACCAGCAAAUAUGGGUGAUGAAACUGUAUGCAAGUUACUUUUAUAUUUGAAAAAUAAUAAGAUUAUUGAUGAGAGUCUUUCAAAACAAAACUUUUGUGACUUAAUUUUUGGACAAAGUGAAGAGCGUCUUGAAAUUCUUCAAUGGCUUGUUUCUCAAUUUUCUGAAGACUAUAAACGUGAUCUACAACAAACUGCAGAUGUGUCAUAUGAACUCUUCCGAAAACUUCAUGAACUUGAACUAACUACAAUAGCGAAUAAACUCAAUUUUGUCAAGGGUAAGAGCUCAAUUGAAGAGCAAAGAGAUGUUUACCGUAAACUAAUUCGAGCUCUCAAAAUGAUUUUGCCCCAUGAGGUAAUAUUACAAGAUUGUCCUUCAUCAAAACAAGAGGAUGUUUCUUUACAGUCAGGACCUACCAAAGGAUCAUCCAAAUUAAAAAGGCAAAUAAAGCCUUUCAAUUUGAAUAAAGCUUUGAAAAACUUAGAUAAAUGUAAAAAAUUGCUGCAUAACCUGGAAUCGACAGAUGAUAAGAUUUCACUUGACUGCAUAGAAAAUGAAACACCUAAAGACAAUUUACAAGUGCCCCAUUAUUCUAAUGACUCCACAAAUCACCAAGAACCCUUGAUAGUUAAACAUGAUGUUGCCACAAACAACCUUGUGAAAUCGAUCUCUCUUUUCAACAAGCAUUUCAGACAUCUUGAGCCUCUUCACUCUGGAAGUGGAGAAAUUGAUCUCAUUUGUUCAGACUUGGGUGACAAUAUUGAGAAACUGCACAACAUCCUCAAGUCAAUUGGUGAAGUUAAAGCAAUGUCCCCUGAUGAGAUCAAUAUGGCGGAAGACGUUAAUUCAAAGAAAAUAUUAGAAGAUAUAGAAGCAUUUGAAAAGAGUAGCAAUAUAUUACAGUUGAAAAGUUAUAGAUAAUAAUGUAACUGAGGACCACUGUUAGUUAAAUGUUUUAAUAUUUUAAAUAUUAGUGCUUAAAAAUAAGAUUAUUUUUUUAAAUGUAGCAAUAUUUUUUAAAUAAACAGACUCAGUGACUGCCUUAUUCAUCAUCUGUACAAAUAUAUUUGAUUAAAAAAUGUUAACUCUUGAAGAAUCAAGUACUAUGAUAAAAGAUAAAUACUUAUUUUAAAUUAAAAUCCAAUCUUUCCAUGAAAUUUCAAUCAAAAUUCACAGGACAUUAAUUAUUGAGCUUUUAAUUUAAACAAGUUGUGCCUUACAAUGUAAAAUAAUGUUAUUGAAUUGUAUAUUAAUUAAUGUUUGUAUUGUUAUAAAUUUUAAUGUAGUUUCAUUGUUAUUUUAUUAAAGCAUGUUUUUCUCUCAGUU